CCAUGGAGUGCCUGAUCCGCGACGGGCUGCCCGCCGUGCCCGCAGCCUGGUGGACGCCGGCCGCCGCCGUCGCCGCCGUGGUGGCCUUCCUGUACUACGUCCUCCGCGUGCCCGUCAACUGGACCAAGGAGCUUUGCGACGUGGGGUUCGACCCGCCGGACCGCGGCCUCGGCCUCGGCUUCGGCCUCGGCGCGAGCCGCCGGUCGCGCUCGGCCGUGAUGCGGCAGGCGCAGGGCAAGCGGCGCAUCGGCAACCUGCCGCCCGUGUUCCCCAACGGCUGGUUCAGCGUGCUCGAGUCCAGCCGCCUGGGCCGCGGCGCCGUGGAGCACGUCGCGGCCCUGGGCCAGAACCUGGCCGUGUUCCGCGGCGACGCCGGCCACGUCCACGUGCUGGACGCCUACUGCCCGCACAUGGGCGCCAACAUGGCGGUGGGCGGCCGCGUCCACGGCGACUGCCUCGAGUGCCCGUUCCACGAGUGGAGCUUCGACGGCCGCGACGGCUCCUGCUCGUCGGUGCCCUACGCGCAGAAAGCCUUGACCGGCAACUUGUUGCAACUUGCAGUGCCCGACUUCGCGCGCGUGCGCCACUGGGAGAGCUUCGAGACGAACGGCUUCAUCUUCGUGUGGCACCACGCCGAGGGCGACGCGCCCAGCUGGUGGCCGCAGCCCGUGGCCGCCAUCGAGGACGGCUCCUGGGCCUUCGUGGGCCGCAACGAGUUCCUCGUGUCCUGCCACAUCCAGGAGAUCCCCGAGAACGGCGCUGACGUGGCGCACCUCAACGCCGUGCACGGGCCCGGCAUGGUGGGCCGCGGGCUGUCGCGGCACCUGUGGGACGCGCAGUGGACGCCCGGCGCCGACGACCGCCCGCACACCGCCACGCUCAAGCUCAACCACCAGCUCGACCUGUUCGGCAAGUUCCGCAUGCUCAAGAUGGACGUGUGCGCCAACCAGAUCGGCCCCGGCUACGUGGAGAUGUCCAUGGAGACGCAGUUCGGCCCCAUCAUCAUCGUGCAGUCCGUGACGCCGGUGGAGCCGCUCCUCCAGAAGGUGAUCCACCGCAUGUACUGCCCGCCCCUGCUCGUGCCCUACGCCAAGAUCGUCCUCUACGGGGAGUGCGUCAUGUUCGAGCGUGACGUGCUGGUGUGGAAUCACAAGCAGUUCCAGGACAAGCCGCUGCUGGUGAAGGAGGACCGACUCAUCUCGCGCUACCGCCGCUGGUUCUCGCAGUUCUACUCGGAGAACAGCCCCAAGCACGCCUUUCGGAAGGAGACGAUGGAGUGGUGACGUGGAGGGAGACGUGGUCACCCACAGUCCAAGCCGCGCAGGGGCUUCCAAAGAGGACCGUGGACCAGGGGGCACAGUGGGCCAAAAGACCGCUGGAGGCGGCCAAAAUUCAAGACGCGUUUUGAGCUCCGGAGUCGCUAAAUAGAACUCGAACUGAACGUGUGACCCGACCAAUGGAUCGGUCUGCGAACGAGGAAUCCAUUGGUGGGGUCACACGUACGGUUCGAGUCUUGUUUACCGACUCUGGAGCUCAAAACGCGUCUAGAGUUGGCCAACCCCGCCGGUCUUUUUGCCCACUGUGGGGCGGGGCGCGACGCGCUGCCUGCCUAAUUUAUAAUUGUGAUCAGACACUCGCGACAAGAGUUGUGAGAACCGUAGUUUGUAAUGUUCCUUUAAUGUGCCUUGUUUAGGAGGAGCAGUAUCGCAAUUUGAAUAAGGCGUUUCAGACGUAGUACUUGAAUCGGAAUCCACGAACUGCGUGGCAGUCUUCGAGCCUCUCGUGGUCUCUGGAAACUUGUGAAGAUACAAAGGAAACGCCAAAGACCUAUUGCAUUUCUUGCGCUUUCCCCGACGGACACGUGGAUGUUAGUUUAUAUUCAUGUAUUUAUUGCUUAGCAUAAACGAAAUUCGUAUUUAACUUUACGCUUCUGAUGUAAGUAUGUUUAACCAACCAUCAUGUAAUGCUGCAUUCCGCCACCAAAAGCUCUCUUUUAAAUCCUUCCACGAAAGGAACUGAUAUGUUUCCGCACUAUAACAUAAGUUUUGUGUAUAUAUUAAAUAAUUUUAUUUAUGUGAUGUGACAUGUGAUUUUCUCAAUGCACUCACUGUGCAGUACAAACUAAUUUCGACCUAGAUAAGAUAGAGUGGACCCUGUUUAAUGUAGUACGGCCUGCUAUUGCAAGUAAAAUUUAUGUUGUUAAUAAAUCCUGUGUUUUAUUUAA